AUGGAGAAAUGGCCCAUACCUAAAGAUUUAAAAGGGUUGAGAGGAUUUUUAGGUUUAAUUGGGUAUUAUAGGAAGUUUGUGAGAAAUUAUGGGAUAAUUGCUUGGCCUCUCACACAAUUGCUAAAAAAAGACACCUUUAAAUGGAGCAAUGAAGCUCAAGUGUCAUUUGAAAAAUUGAAGGAAGCCCUGACCACUCUGCCUGUUCUAGCAAUGCCAGACUUUGAAAAAGAAUUUAUUCUGGAAACUAAUGCAUCAGGAAAAGGAAUUGGGGCAGUGUUAAUGCAGGAAGGAAGACCAAUUUCAUACAUGAGCCAAACUCUACCUGACAGGGGCCCAGUAGAAGUUAGUUUAUGA